CUGAGCGUAAGGCUUUGGAAUCAGCUGUAGCUUUCUCUGCUCUGUGCUAGACUGUCUCGCUCUCUCUCUCUCUCCGUACAGCGGGGAGAAUUUCACACCAGAAAGUACAACGCGAUCUCUCUGGACAUCCUCUCUCCAGUCCAGACGGACUUGAGGGUUUGACACAGAAGCUGUAUUUGAAGGAUACAUUCCACUACCAGAUUCUUGAUGCAGCAUACAAAUCGAUUUAACCUGAGAAGUAAGAGUUGCCGUUUGGUGAAAAGCGUUGGGACAGCAGCUGCUCCAUGCGCAUAGGAAGCUACAAUAAUGAAAAACACAAUUUGCCAUUAAUCAUAAAAGUAAUCUGAUUUGGAUACAAUACACGGUUUAUUGAUUCGCGUUUGCAGAGUGAUAUUUUGCUCUAUUAGGAAUGAUAAACGUUAAGCGGAGCAACCCGGUCUCAUGCAUCCUCACGACAAGAGUCGGACAGAAACGGGAGGACUUAGAAACGGGCGAAGAGCCUGUGUCCAAAUGCGCCAGGCUGAGUGAGUCUCCGGGUGACUCGGGGCUCCUCGGUAGCUCGCCAGGGUCACUGCUGUCCCCGGUCCCCUCGAGCGGCCCGACUCAUCAAGGUCCGUCCCGGAUAGGUCCGUUUCUGCUCCUACAUAUGGCUGAUCGGGACAGGAUGCACAGCGCACUCAACAUUGACACUGGAGACGCGCUGGUGUGCAAGGUGUUUCACAUGGGUCUGUACCAGGAGAAGAUCCGGGCGUACCGCAUCCUGCCAGUCCACAGGAACAUCAGCCGUAUCCGAGACAUUGUGCUGGGAGAGCGCUGGGCUUACGUCUUCCUAGAGAAGGACCACGGGGACAUGCACGCCUUCGUUAAGAGCUGCAAGCGUUUGGACGAGGAGCGGGCAGCACAGCUCUUUCACCAGGUGGCGUCGGCCGUGGCACACUGCCACCAGCAUGGAAUCGUAUUAGGAGACCUGAAGCUACGCAAAUUUGUCUUCUCCGAUAGGAAAAGGACCCAUGUGAAGCUGGAAGGCCUGGAGGACUGCAGGGUUCUCGAAGGAGAUGAUGACUCUAUGUCCUACACCUACGGCUGCCCAGCCUACAUCAGCCCGGAGAUCCUGAACGGCUCCAGCUCGUACUCCGGGAAGCAGGCGGACGUCUGGUCCCUAGGGGUGAUGCUCUACACUAUGCUGGUGGGACGCUACCCUUUCCACGACCCAGACCCAGCUACCCUCUUCUCCAAGAUCCGCCGGGGCCAUUGCUGCCUACCUGAGAGCCUCUCUCCCCGGGCAAAGUGCCUGCUGCGAUCCCUGCUGAGGAAAGAACCAUGGGACAGACUGACUGCUGCCGAGGUGCUUAUCCAUCCGUGGUUCCACACCACUGCCGCCAACGCACAGGAAACAAGGGUCAGUGAACAGGAAGUGGGCUCAGUGGAACAGACAGUGCCUUCCUGUGAUGUGGAAGAGGAGAAUGAUCUGUUCUGUUGAUCGAUGGGAUGCAUCACCGUGAGUGGAAUCGGACCAAAACAUGCUCAAAUUUUACCUUCAAGAGCGUUUACAUUUUAAUUUAGAUUUGUUUUUGGAUAAUGGUCUUAUACUGUUGUGUAUGUACCUCAGACACAAGUUUGUAACUCAAAGUACUGUAGUGUUUCAUCUAUGUGUGUUAGAUUAAGGGAAUUGUGUGAAGUGCUCCACCAUCAUUGUGCGUUGUGUGUGUUCACAAGAAGUAAUUCGGUGCUAAAAAACCAGCUCACCAUCACAUGAUGCUGUUUUAUUAAGAGUAGAUUAAAGAUACAAUCUGCUGUUCAAACCGACACCCUACCACUGUUUUGGUAAAUAGCUGAGGGAAUAACAGAGUAGAAACUCAGGGGCUAAUAGAGGUGUGGGAAAGUGUAUAUUUCUACCCUUCUACUGACAUCGGACUAUUUCUACCCCGAGUACUGAACCGACAUCGGACUAUUUCUACCCUGAGUACUGAACCGACAUCCGACUAUUUCUACCCUGAGUACUGAACCGACAUCGGACUAUUUGUACCCUGAGUACUGAACUGACAUCUGACUAUUUCUACCCUGAGUACUGAACUGACAUCUGACUAUUUCUACCCCGAGUACUGAACCGACAUCGGACUAUUUCUACCCUGAGUACUGAACCGACAUCGGACUAUUUCUACCCUGAGUACUGAACCGACAUCGGACUAUUUCUACCCUGAGUACUGAACCGACAUCUGACUAUAUCUACCCCGAGUACUGAACCGACAUCGGACUAUUUCUACCCUGAGUACUGAACCGACAUCGGACUAUUUCUACCCUGAGUACUGAACCGACAUCGGACUAUUUCUACCCCGAGUACUGAACCGACAUCGGACUAUUUCUACCCUGAGUACUGAACCGACAUCGGACUAUUUCUACCCUGAGUACUGAACCGACAUCUGACUAUAUCUACCCUGAGUACUGAACUGACAUCUGACUAUUUCUACCCUGAGUACUGAACCGACAUCUGACUAUUUCUACCCUGAGUACUGAACCGACAUCGGACUAUUUCUACCCUGAGUACUGAACCGACAUCGGACUAUUUCUACCCUGAGUACUGAACCGACAUCUGACUAUAUCUACCCUGAGUACUGAACUGUACUGUACUGUGAUUACUGCUAUUUUUCCAUUCAAAGCUGAGGUUCAAUAGCUCCAUCGCUAUGGUUAGUCUGUCCAUUUGGCAGCCUAUUCCCUCUAUAGGGCACCACAGACCUAUGGGCCCUGGUCAACAGUAAUGAACUACAUAGGGAGUAGGGUUCCAUUUGUGAUGCAGACUGAGACAGUGAUGUUCCCUCUCUUUAAUGUUCAGUCUGGCAGUCAUUCUCCCAUGACUGUGAUGUUCCCUCUCUUUAAUGUUCAGUCUGGCAGUCAUUCUCCCAUGACUGUGAUGUUCCCUCUCUUUAAUGUUCAGUCUGGCAGUCAUUCUCCCAUGACUGUGAUGUUCCCUCUCUUUAAUGUUCAGUCUAGCAGUCAUUCUCCCAUGACAGUGAUGUUCCCUCUCUUUAAUGUUCAGUCUAGCAGUCAUUCUCUUCUCGUCUAUUGUGGCCCAGGUAGUGUUUCCUCAAUGACGUUUGGCCAAAUGAAUCUACAAUCAACUAUUGGUAUUAUUAGACAAGACUUUUCCAUUAUCUGUUGUUUUAUUUGAUCUUCUGAAAAGCUGUUUGACGUAGGGUGAACCACGUAUACAUUCAAUCUAGACUUUAACUGACUCGCGUGCACUGUUUACGUUUAUAGUGCACUGUUUACGUUUAUAGUGCACUGUUUACGUUUAUAGUGCACUGUUUACGUUUAUAGUGCACUGUUUACGUUUAUAGUGCACUGUUUAUGUUUAUAGUGCACUGUUUACGUUUAUAGUGCACUGUUUACGUUUAUAGUGCACUGUUUACGUUUAUAGUGCACUGUUUACGUUUAUAGUGCACUGUGACGUUUAUAGUGCACUGUGAAUGAAGUAUUUGUGACACAUUCUCAAGGCUUGACCACAUAGGUUAAAGAGAAAAUAUGAUUAAUUGUAAAAACAUGUAAAUAUGUUUGUGGAGAAAUGUUAUAAAAAAUAUAUAUUUUAUAAUUCA